AUGUAUCAGGAUGUCACCACCCAGAUCCGUAGCACCGCUGGUAUAACCCACCCGUUUAAAGUCGAAGUAGGAGUUCAUCAGGGAUCAGCUCUGAGCCCAUUAUUAUUUAACCUGUGUAUGGAUUACAUCACAAGAAACAUCCAAAAAGAGAUCCCAUGGAGUUUAAUGUAUGCAGACGACAUAGUGCUGGUGGAGAACAACGCAUCAGAGCUCCAAAAAGUUUUAGACGGAUGGGUAGCUGAAAUCGAAAAACACGGUCUACGAGUGAGCCGCACCAAAACGGAGUUUAUGGAAUGCAGCGAAGGCAUAUACAAGGAAACCGCCUUUGGGAACAUUGCCAUUCAAAUUCUCGGCACAAAUUAG